AUGGUGGGACUUCUAGACCUCCCCAGCGAGGUCAUUCUGAUCAUCGUGGAGUAUUUGCAAUCACAAUCUCAUGAUAAGGGUCUCCUGAUACCCUUUUACUGGUUCGGUGAUGCAUAUCGUGAGACUGUCUUCGAACAUGACCAGCCGCCUAAAGUGAAGGACCUGCACUCCCUUCUCCUUACUUCCCUACAAUUCAAAUCUCUUCUUCAGCCAAUAUUUUACCGUGAUAUUUUUGUACGCAAAUACGCACGAUGGAACGAGAAACGACCAUUUGAUCAGCUUCAAUGGAGCCUGGAGAAUAUCCCCAGUUUGCGGAACCUUAUCGUUACAGCGAUGAUUCCUUGCAUUGAGCCUAGCACCAUGUAUGAUGUUAGUGAUCUAUUUUGGCUUCCUUACCUGAGAGACCUCACCAUUUAUGAUUUCAAGGACUGGGAGAAACUUGAGUUUGAAAACAACGCACACGUUGGUACCUCUGUGGUGGAGCAUCUGAGAUUGAUCAGCUGUGGUGCACACGAAGAGGCUCUGGCGGCCGUGCUCAGCUGGCCAAAGGCCUUAAAGACACUCUUUUAUGACGCCGAACAGGGGGAGUGGGAAGGCCAUUAUGAAGGUCAACCUAUCAAAGAGUGGACAUGCGAGGCCUUUGUUCGGACGCUACAGUCACAAAAGGAAUUCCUGGAAGAACUAGUCAUGACAAGACCUCGACUGGAACAUGAAGGGUUGUAUGAUGGGCCAGCCAUUAAACUGAGGGACUUUGCAGCCUUGAAAGUUUUGCGCAUUUAUCAUGUUUUUCUUUGUGGUUGGGACGGCUCAGAUGGGAUUUCGACACGUUUGCCUCCGAACCUCGAGAUUUUGGAAGUAUUCUAUGAUGACACAGAUCUCGAGAAGUUCUUAGUAGAACACGAUGAGCUACACUAUGACCGUUUUCUUGAAAUACUGGUCAGAGACAAGAAGAUCCACUUUCCAAAAUUGCACAAGGUGACCGUUUUUACCGAUGAACACAUAUAUGACCACGAGAACGAUGAAAAUCUGGAGGCUGGACUAUGGGAGCUGCCAACAUCGCUUGCGCAUGAUGCUGAUGAAGCUGGCAUAGAUAUGAAGGUGUGGCUUGGUUGUGAACAUUAUCAUUUCCAGCCGUUGCCCGAGUUUGAUGUGUUCCGUUCCUUGGAAAUUAGUCAAAACAGUCGUGCUACCUCAACGGUCAUGCUACGCCAUAAAUGA